ACUUUUGGUCCGACUACAGUCAAGUCAAGUGUAACAACGCGAUAGAUGGAACUAAUCUUUACAAAAUUAGUAGCUUUAUUAUUUAUUAUUGAAUUUUCAUAUGCUAUUAUAGGUCCAAGAAACAUAGUUGUUUAUGAAGGUCAAUCAAAUUAUUCUUUUUUUUGUUCUGCUGAAGGUGGAACAGACAAUAUAGUGGGAACUGGCUAUGCUCCAAAAAAACCUUUUGGUUCAAGUCGUUUGCUAAUUGCUGAUGAUGUAGAAAUUUUACCAGAUCAGCUUCAUAGAUACUCUCUUGCUCAAAAUAAUAAAAAUAGGACUAUUUUUUAUACAAAGACAACUGAAGCGUAUAACGAUAAUACUUAUCAUGAUUGUCUAAUUGGUGAAACAGGUUAUAGAGCUGCAGUGACAGUAUUAGCUAACUUUGGAUGCGAAGAGAAACCAGUUCUGAUGGUAAAAGGUGAUGAAUUAAAAAUCAAUGUCUAUGUAGAUUUUCGGACCUUUUCGCCAUUUCUCAAGUGUCAAGGAACUGAGGGAAAUUCAUUUAAAAUUAAUCAUGAUUUAAAAUAUACGCGGGAUGAAAAUUUUGAAACUUUACUUGGGACUUUAACAGCAACGUUUUCCAUAGAUAAAAUCAAUGAAAAUUUAAAAAACUUAGAUUGUCAACUAUAUUAUGAACCUGAAAACUAUAUUUAUUAUCGAAAAGAAAUCGAGCAUCUUUUCUUAAUACCACCAAUUGGCAAUAUGGACGAUAGACAGCCGGAGUUUUACUUCGCUGAAGAUCAGGAAAAACUUAGCUGCUCUUAUCAAUUUCAUAUCCACUACGGACCAGAAAAUGUUACAAUUGAAGAGAAAGAGGAGAAUGUAAAUAUUCUUAUUUGUAGUUACAGUGGGAAUUUUACAACUCAUUCAAAAACUAUAUGGACUAUAAAUGGGUCAAUUAUUCAAACUGGACUUAGUGAUACCCUAAACAUAUCAUCAUACGAAAAUAUACCAAUAAGCGUUCAGUGCAUGCCUUGUGUUUUAUACUUCAACGAUCAAGAAAGUUGCGUAGAGAGUAAUCCUUAUUUAAAGUGGCAACAAAAUACCACACCUCCUCCUCUUUCUGAGCCAAUACUACCAAGGAACAUUGCAGUUUACGAAGGAAGUAGUAAUUUUUCAUUCGAAUGUAAUACAUUUCCUUUAGAAGAUGUCAUAAUUAAUGCCAGCGCUUACGGGUAUACGGAUAAUGGAAAUCGUAAAUAUAUGGCAGAUGAGAAUUCGAUUAUUAAGGAAGAGAGAUAUCGUUAUAAAAUGUCUCAUGAUAGAUACAACACAAGAAAAAUUGUUUACAACUCUUCAACAAGUGAUUACGAAGAUAAUCAUUAUCACGAAUGCAUUAUUGGAGAUAUUCCCUUCAGAGCAACUUUUGCCUUAUUAUCCAAUUUACAAUGCUCAAAUAAUUUAAUAACUGUUAUAGAAGAUGAAAAGUUGAAUAUUGAAUUACAAUUGACUUUUACGCACUUUACUCCCUCUCUUGGCUGUAAAUCUAAUGACAAUGCUGCUUUUAAUAUUAGCUACUCAACAAGGGUUUUAGAAAGCGACUUUUCUAAACCUUAUAAAGCAAGAAUUACUUCUAUUCCUUCUAUAAAUUCUAUUUCAAGAAACACAGAGUCAAUUAAUUGUUCAUUUGUCUAUCAUCCUGAAGAAGAGCUUAGUUUGGAAGAUUCUAUCCACUUUAAUGGUAUUCCUCCUUUCAAUAUAUUUGAUAACCAUCAGCCUGAAUUUGCAUUUAUGGAAGAUAAAAAGAAAGUUGAAUGUAAUUACAAGAUAAAUGUUCAAUAUGGCCCUGAAGAUAUUAGCUUGAAAAUAUUACAUAAUCAAGUAACCUGCGAUUUCGAUGGAGUGUAUGAAAAUUUUGAGUACAUCUUUUGGACACUAAAUGAUACGACAAUUCAAAGAUAUGAUACUACAGUAGACUUGAGGGAUUUUGUUGAUCCGCUUUUUAUCAGCUGUCGACCUUGUGUUAGCUUUUAUAGUUCAGAAAUCAAAUGCUCAAGUAGUGCCAUUGAAUUGUGGAAGCCAUCCGAUACGACUGCUCCACCUCCAUCUGAACCGUUCUAUCCAAUAAAUAUAGCAGUUUACGAAGAUCGUAGAAAUUUCUCUUUCUCAUGUGGCUCUUAUAAGGGCUUUUCACCAAAUAGAAUAGCAUACGGUAUCGACGAUGACUUGAAUCUUUUGCUCAUUGCAGAUGGCAAUGGUUUGGUAAGUGGUCAAGAGAACAAGUAUAUCCUAGUAGAAGAAGAUUCGAAGAGAAAAGUUAUAUAUACUCUGCAAGCUAAUCAAUACAAGGAUAACAUUUAUCACGAUUGCUAUAUCGGUCCAAAUAUCUAUAGGGGAACAUUUUCUGUGUUGUCUGAUUUCCAAUGCAAAUCGUCUAGUCCAACUUAUUUAGCUUUGGGAGAUAAGAGCAAAAUUGACAUAAAAGUUUCUUUUACUCACUUUUCACCAAUAAUAGUUUGUUUAGCUAACGCAGAUUAUUUAAUUGAGACUGAAGCUAUAACUAAUUAUACAAUAAAAGAAAACGGAAAAAUUUUAGAAGGGACUGUGACUGGAAACGUUAUCGUUUCAGAAAAAAAUGUCAACAAAUUGCUUUGCGGAUUCCUCUACGAUUCCAGCAAUAUUGGAAAGAUGGAAGAAUUGCUUCAUUUAAUUUCCCUAGCCCCGAACUCCCUUAUUGACAGUUUUCAACCUAAUGUCAUUUUUACUGAGGAUUCCCAGAAAGUUAUUUGUGAAUUUCCGGUUGUUGUAGAAUACGGUCCUGAAAAUACAAAAUGUCAGGAGACUAAUCUUAAUAGUAGAAAAGUUAUUUGCAUCUUUGAUCAUAAGGCUCAAAAAUCUCCAGCAAUAACUUGGAAGGUUAACGACGUAGAAAUUUCGAAUGAAAAUUCAGCAAUAAUUGACUUGACUACUCGAUUAGAAAAUUUGAAAGUAGAAUGUACGCCCUGCAUUCAAUUUCACAAUAUGAAUAGAAAUUGUUCAUCAAGCAAUCCUAUAUAUCUACCAUCCGUAGUUUCAGAUAAAACUACAACUACUACAGAUAGAGCUACAGUAACAACCCCAUCACAUUCUGUUGUAUAUAAAUCUAAAAUCUAUACUAUAUUACUUUCAUUCAUUUGUUUUUAUGUAUUUAUGUUGUAAAAAAGAAGUUCUUUAUCGAAUAGCAAUCAUAUUUUCUUGAUUUAACUUUAUUAAAAAAUUUUUUUAUUAUUUUUUGAUAAAUUGAAGAUAAUACAUAUAUAUAUAUAUAAAUUAUAUA